AUGUCCGUCAUUCAAGUCGAGGACCUGGUCUCGUACCAGCUGCGCGCCAGCUACCUCACUGAAGUCGCCGAUGGAGUUGGGGAGCGGCUUAUCACCCUGAACGAGAACUUUCUCAACUCGGCCCCCUUUAAAGCUGCAGGAUGGCGAACCAACCCCUCCCUGAUCAAACGAACGCACUCGCCCCCGAUUCCUACUGCUGUCGCAUCCGAAUACUUUCAGGCCCCACGCCAUGUAGGGGUUAACCUCGAGGAUGAGCCCGAGGAAGGUGGGAUGCUCACGGCCGGGGGCAAUGACACCCUGGGCCCCGGAAUCGCAACCAAGCGAAGGAGACGCCGCGAGCAGAUGGAAGAAGAGGAUAGUAGCGAUUUGAGUGACGAAAGCGACGAUGAAUCGGAACAACGAGCAGCCCAGCAGAUAAAAUUCGCCAAAAUGCCCGUACGACACCGCUCCGGCUCCUCCCCGAUACAAUCGUCUAGCCUGCGUCAGGCGACUUCGGCCAGCUCUCCCCGUCCUCCCCCGCGCAGAGGCUCACAGUCUGCCCUGGAGACGGUCAAGGAAAGAGCAAGGCGAGACACUGUCACGAGCAGCGAAGUCUCUUCAGAUAACGAACUAGACGUUUCUGGGUACCAGAAGCAGAGGGAUGCGGCAAGGGCUGCUGCCAAAACCGUGAGGAUACAGACAAACCUCAACAGGUCGGAGCCUGCACUGGGGCUAGGCGUCAAGAGGCAGGAGAGCGACCUCCUCGAAGAGGAAGAGGAGGACUCGGAUGCUUCGGACCUGUCGUCAGCUUUCAACGAGAGUCUUGAAUCGGCAUCAAUCCUCGCUGGCGAUAUUGAGAAACAGCUCGCGAACAUGUCACCAUCGCGCCAACUUGUUGGGACUCCGCCGCGCGACUUCAAGAGGCAAUCAACUAUCAGAAAGUCGAUACCACCCCCACCACAGGUUGUCGGUGGUGUUCUACCUCCCAGGAGGCCGACGAGCACCAUCAGGCCUAUCAGCAUGAUCCAGCCUAAAAGUUUGAUAUCUGAAGCUCUGAAUGUCAAGAAAACAAAACCCGCUGCCCCCUUUGAGAGCUUUGCCACGCUUUCUGGCAAAGGCGAGGCGAGCCCGCUCAUGAUACGCAUCUACGCUCCAUUCUCUAAGAACCCAUCCAAGCCAUACGAAGUUUUGAUACGAAGAAACGUGCGCGAGGACAAUGCUGGUGAACGCCCAGUCAACGUAGCAGACCUCAUCGGCCUCGCUCUGUGGCGGUACAAUGACGAAUCGCUCGAACCAUCUCUCCCGGGCGACAAGCUCAACGUGAACUGGUGGACACUCAAGAUGGUGGAAGAGGGUGGUGAGGUGGAUGAUGACUUUCCUCCGUUCGAUCGCACGAAACCAGUCAUCUCUUUUGCCACUGCAGCGAACAAUAAGAAUGAAGGAAUGCGGCCCACGGCUGUCAUGCCUAGGUUUGGCAGGGGCCGGUCAAACACCAAGAUUCAUGACGAUUUUGCUCUCGUGCAGGCCAGUGCAGAAGAAUUCGAGUCGAACAAAGCCUUGACUCCACAAUUCACCGAAGAGUCCGUCGCCGAAGACACGAGUCCGGAAGAUACCUUGCACAACACUCCCCAGCCGAUACUGACCACGACGUACCGCUCCGACGCCAACAUGCUUGACGCCCCACGGCCGCAGGUCUCUACGAGCAAUACACAGAGGGGACAGCACAAAUUCCUGCGCAUUCAUAUCAUGACCCCAGAUGCACCCUCUGGCCAGAUAAUUACCCUUGAUGUCACGACGGACAUGUACAUCGAGGAGGUGCUUGAGCUUGUGUGUCGGAAGCGCAAUCUCGACAAGAACUUUCAUAUCCUCAAGAUCCCCAAUUCCGGCGCCAUUGCCCUCUUGGAUCGGCCCGUGUCGGCAAUCGGCACGAUGCAGGACUUGGAGCUGCACAGACGUCGCUUCGGCGACCCGACAUUGAGUCAAUCUCCUGUUAGCCACUCACCGGGCGGACGCUUGUUGUUCUCAGAGUUGGGUGUUGGUGGUAAGAAGAGCUCCAAGACGAAAGGAGUGCCGCACCCUCUCGCCAAAGAGGCGCUCGCUCAGGAGGAGCUCAGCAGGAACAACAAUUUCCGCCGUUACGUUGUCUAUCGCAAGCAAACUAUGCGUUUUGCGGGACUGAACGAGAGGCUUUUUGCCAUUGAAGGCGAGUAUGUGCACGUCACGCCAUCCUCAGGCGGCAAGCCGCUGGCCGACAGCAGCAGCAAGACCACAACAGUCCACUUCAGCAAUGUUGUGGGCUGCAACCUGUCAAGGAGACAUCCUUCGCAAUUCAAGUUUGUUAUACUCCGCGAUGGCGAGUCCAAGCGGUACGAUUUCGAGACCAAAAGCGCGGACGAGGCCAACGAGAUCGUCACGGCGAUCAAGCAAGGAAUGUCUCUGAACCAGUGA